GGCGCCGGGCUCCCUGGGGUCCCGCGGCCCUUAUAGUUCCGGUUGUGGCGCCCGGGCGGAAAGUUGAAGCGGACGGACUGUGGCCGGCGAUGGGCUUGGGCAUUUCACUAUUUGUAGCUUGUUGUCUGCAUUCUGACUGGGCUGGCUUGGAUUCUGUUCACCAUGCCAACAGUGGUGGUGAUGGACGUGUCCCUCUCCAUGACUCGGCCUGUGUCAAUCGAGGGGUCUGAGGAAUACCAGCGGAAGCACCUUGCAGCCCAUGGGUUGACAAUGCUGUUUGAGCACAUGGCCACAAACUACAAGCUUGAAUUCACAGCAUUAGUGGUUUUCUCAUCGCUUUGGGAACUGAUGGUCCCCUUCACAAGAGAUUAUAACACCCUGCAGGAAGCACUGAGUAACAUGGACGAUUACGACAAGACAUGCCUAGAGUCCGCACUGGUUGGUGUCUGUAACAUUGUUCAGCAAGAAUGGGGCGGUGCGAUCCCUUGCCAGGUCGUUCUGGUGACGGACGGCUGUCUCGGCAUUGGUAGAGGGUCCCUGCGACAUUCCCUAGCGACACACAAUCAAAGGAGCGACAGCAACAGGUUCCCGCUGCCUUUCCCUUUCCCGUCUAAGUUAUACAUCAUGUGCAUGGCAAACCUGGAAGAGCUUCAGAGCACCGAUUCCCUGGAAUGCCUUGAACGUCUCAUAGACCUCAACAACGGUGAAGGGCAAAUUUUUACUAUUGAUGGCCCCCUGUGCUUGAAAAACGUGCAGUCUAUGUUUGGAAAGCUGAUAGACCUGGCAUAUACGCCUUUCCAUGCUGUGCUCAAGUGUGGCCAUCUGACCGCUGACGUCCAGGUCUUCCCCAGGCCAGAGCCAUUCAUUGUAGAUGAAGAAAUCGAUCCUAUCCCAAAAGUCAUUAACACAGAUUUGGAAAUUGUGGGGUUUAUUGAUAUAGCUGAUAUUUCAAGUCCCCCAGUUCUGUCCAGACAUCUCGUCUUACCUAUUGCCCUUAACAAAGAGGGUGAUGAGGUGGGUACCGGUAUCACUGAUGACAAUGAAGACGAAAAUUCAGCCAAUCAGAUUGCAGGCAAAAUACCCAACUUCUGCGUCCUGCUCCAUGGCAGCCUGAAAGUGGAAGGAAUGGUGGCGAUAGUUCAGUUGGGUCCUGAAUGGCAUGGAAUGCUUUACUCCCAAGCCGACAGCAAGAAGAAAUCAAACCUCAUGAUGUCUCUCUUUGAGCCUGGCCCAGAACCUCUCCCAUGGCUGGGGAAGAUGGCACAACUGGGUCCUAUUUCAGAUGCUAAAGAAAACCCUUACGGUGAGGAUGACAAUAAGAGCCCAUUCCCCCUGCAACCCAAAAACAAACGCAGCUAUGCCCAGAAUGUGACUGUCUGGAUCAAACCCAGUGGCCUACAGACAGAUGUACAGAAGAUUUUAAGAAAUGCAAGGAAACUCCCUGAAAAAACACAGACAUUCUAUAAGGAGCUGAACCGAUUACGAAAGGCUGCCCUGGCCUUUGGCUUCCUGGACCUGCUCAAGGGCGUGGCAGACAUGCUAGAGCGGGAAUGCACACUGCUGCCUGACACGGCGCACCCCGAUGCCGCUUUCCAGCUCACCCACGCCGCCCAACAGCUCAAGCUGGCUAGCACCGGCACCUCUGAGUACGCCGCGCACGACCACAACAUCACCCCGCUGCACACAGACUUUUCGGGGAGCAGCGCAGAGAGGAUGUGAGGCCUGCCUUGGACCUUCCUUGCCUAGCUCAUAUUUGAACAGAAAAGCCUAGCCUUUCCCGUGUGGUCCCAUGGUGGGGAGGAAGGGCUCAAGGCUUGGGCUUGGGCCCUGGCCCUGUCAGUAGGCCUGGAAGAUAGUCCUGGUUGCUCUGAGAGGAGCACAGCUCCUGAAAAGCAAGGACAAGACAAGCACUGAGCCCCUACCUUCUUGGCCAACCUGCCCACAAGGAUUCUCUGGCUUGUGAGUUCCAGAACUUUCUUUAGAACUCGGCAAAAUGCGGUGGUAACCCUUAGGUGCUUUUGGUAACAGUAGCCAUGUGUGUAAAUGAUUCUUGUUUCUUCAAGUUUUUUUUAAAAACUGAAGUAAAAUAUGUGGUUUUCUAUAGCAUGGUUUCACGGAGGAAAGUGUGCUGUCACUUGACUCCAGCUCUGUUUCCUCAUGUUCAUUUCUAAGGCUUGUGCUUCCCUGGUCUCUAGCACAGACCUGCCUCAAACUUGGGCAAGCCAGGACUUCUGGGCACCUCCUUUAGCACCCCCUUUUCCAGCUCCUCUAUACUUUCAUCGGGAGUGCUCGAGCAACUGCUUCCGUUAGCAGACACAGCACUGCCUGAACAAAGGACUUUAGCCUUUUCAAAAAUAUGACCCGAAAUCAUCUUCAAGCACAAGCAGUCAGAAUUUUGAUUGUAAAUGUUUUAAUAGAAAUACACAAUCUUUCACUUUUUCAGACAGCAAUAAAGGGGAAGGAUCUUAACACUCGCAAAGAAUACAGGAUUUUGUCACAAGGACUCAGCGAAAUCCAUUGCAAAGCUGAUAAGCCCGAUCACAGAGCUGAAGGACAGCAGGAAUCAAAACGAACAAGUGCUGACAGGAGUUCAGACGUGCCAAGCACCCUUCCCUGCCAGGUGCCAUGAACUUUUCAAGUAACAGCCAGUGUAUGCCCAUCACUAAUCAAUGGUUUAGGUCACAGCAGGCUUCCGGGUUAGGCUCAGUGGAACAGGACAGUUCAGCAAGUCUCCUUCCCCCAAGAACAAUGGGGAUGGCAGGAGAGAGCUACCAGGCCCUAACUCCUCGGACAAGUGUUACUUCUAACACUUUUAUUUGGUCUACAUGGAAUGUACUGGAGGAAUCUGAUUUGUUUUUUUUACUAUAAUGUCUAGAUUUUCUCAGGUGUCUUUUGGUGGGUUUCCUGCCAGAAAUCCUUGAUAAGGACCAGCUGGUUGUUCCCAAAGUUCCUGCUCUGUGUCCUACUGCAGACAGGU